CGGCGCGGCAUGGGGGAGGCCAGUGACAUGGACAGCGGGAUCGUGCUGCACUCGGGCUCUGAAAGCCCAGUGUCCCCCCCGAAGGAACGGGUGCUGGUGGGGCAGCGGCAGCAGCAGGCACUGGAGGCCCAGCUGGAUGGCUGCAUCCAGGAGCUGCGACAGCUGUGCCUGCGUGAGGCGGAGCUGACGGGGACCCUGCCCUGCGAGUACCCCCUGAAAGCUGGCGAGAAGCCCCCCAAGGUCCGUCGCAGGAUCGGGGCUGCCUUCAAGCUGGAUGAGAUCACCGUUCUGCGUGGGGUGGCACCUCCGGCCGCCCCCGGACCUCGGCCCGCGGCUAUUUCUGGGAAGACAGGUGGCUCCGGACAGAAAUAG